GGAUGGAUUUCAUCAAAUCCUUAAAGGGCUACGGCAAGGUGGGUGAGAACGACGACCCGGCGUUCCGUCGCAAGCGUCUGCUCAUCGUUGCCGUCUCCGCCGCUUUACUGCUCACAGUCAUCUUCGCAGCGAUCGUUGGUGUUAUCGCACAGAAUAACUACAACGAUGACGAUGACGAUGAAGCAACCUCGACCUCGAACUCGAACUCUCCGUCUUCUUCAUCAUCAACCCCCAAAACCCUCUCCGAUUCCAUCAAAUCCGUGUGCAGCGUUACCCAAUUCCCCAAUUCCUGCUUCUCAAUCCUCUAUUCACUUGAGAAGGGAGUCACUGACAGCAACAAGGCAGUAGAUCCGGAGGUUCUGUUCAAGCUUUCCAUGGAAGCCGCCAUGAACGAGCUCUCUAAGCUAUUGAGCCUGCCGGAAAAUCUGAUCGCCAAGGCCAGCGAGGUCCGAGAAAAGACUCCGCUACUCGACUGCCAGAGUCUUUUCCAAGGAGCCAUCGAUCAGCUCAAUACUUCCAUCUCCUCCAUGAAACCGGGUGAAGAUGGGAAUAAUAAGUUGCUGUCGCCGUCGUUAAUCGACGACAUCACGACGUGGCUGAGCGCCGCCUUAACGGACCUGCAAACCUGCUUGGACGGCCUGGAGGAGACUAAGUCUUCGGCGCUGCCGGAGAUUAAGAACGCGAUGCAGAACUCUACGGAGCUCACCAGCAAUAGCCUCGCCAUCGUCUCCAAGAUCUCCUCCCUCCACCGUCGACGCCGAAAGCUUCUCGGAUUCGGAUUCUCUGAGUGGGUCGUGCCCGUGGACCGCAAGCUGCUUCAGCAGGUGACCGCCAAUCCCACCAGGGAGGUGGUGGGGUCCGCUCGACAGAAGAGCGCAACGAGAUUCGUGAUCCACGUUCAGGAAGGACUGUACGAGGAGAACUCCGUCGUUGACAAGUCCAAGUAA